AAAAUGUGUUAUUAUGCGCAACAAGACAACAGCAUUUACAAAUAACAAACAUUUACAUACCCUCUAGUCGGAAUCCAUGUCGCCGGCCGCCGGACCACGUUCUCCGCUCCUUCCGGACUUUCCGGGGAAGCAAGUGAAGCGAGCAUCGGUAUCUGGUGCCGUAUUCAAUGUGUCAACAAGCAUAAUUGGAGCAGGGAUUAUGUCAAUACCUGCAACAAUGAAGGUGCUUGGUGUGAUUCCAGCUUUUGUGUUGAUUGUGGGCAUUGGUUGGUUAGCAGAGAUUUCAGUGGAGUUUCUUAUGAGGUUUACACAUGCUGGCGAUUCAAGAACUUAUGCUGGUCUGAUGAUGGAGUCAUUUGGGAAGGCAGGGUCAGUGCUUGUACAGAUUUGUGUCAUGAUCACCAAUUUUGGGUGUUUGAUCAUUUAUUUGAUCAUUAUUGGAGAUGUUCUCUCAGGAAAUCAACCUGAAGGAUCUCAACACCUUGGUGUUUUGCAAGAAUGGUUUGGCCCUCACUGGUGGAAUACGCGACCUGUUGCACUCCUUUUCAUUGUCAUCUUCAUUAUGCUCCCAUUAGUCUUGUUCAGACGCGUAGAAUCAUUGAGAUUCAGUUCAGCAAUAUCGGUUUUCCUGGCCGUGGUGUUUGUUGGUAUAUGUUCGGUGAUGGCAAUCUCUGCACUCUUUGAAGGGGAAACAAAGACUCCCCGACUACUACCUCAAUUAAACGGCAGUGCCUCCUUCUUUGAUCUCUUCACUGCUGUCCCAGUCAUUGUGACAGCUUUUACAUUUCAUUUCAAUGUUCAUGCAAUUGGUUUAGAGCUCAGCAAGCCUUCUGAUAUGACAACAGCAGUCAGAAUUUCAGUUCUACUUUGCGCGGCUAUCUACUUCUCCGUCGGUGUUUUCGGGUACCUUUUGUUUGGGGAUUCGAUCAUGUCCGAUAUACUCGUUAAUUUCGACAGAAGUGCUGGUACAACAAGCGGUGCAUUACUCAAUGACCUUGUUAGAUUAAGCUAUGCACUUCACCUGGUGUUGGUGUUUCCUCUGCUGAACUUCUCUUUGAGAGCAAAUAUAGAUGAACUAAUUUUCCCUAAGAAACCCCAUUUGGAUACAGACGAUAAGAGAUUUGUUUCCCUCACCCUCAUCCUUCUAGUCAUCUCUUACAUAGCAGCAAUCGCAAUCCCGAAUAUUUGGUACUUCUUCCAGUUCAUGGGAUCAACCUCUGCAGUCUCUCUCGCCUUCAUUUUUCCUGGCGCUAUAGUUCUGAGGGAUAUUCAUGGCAUAUCGACAGUGAAGGACAGAAUUACAGGAGCAGUAAUGAUAAUUCUAGCUCUAGGGACGAGCAUAAUUGCGAUCUCCACCAAUCUAUAUAGUCUCUUCACAAACAAGUCAUAAUAUUGUCAGAUUUUUCUAUGAUUCUCCCAUUUUUUGUACUUCAUAUUUGUAUUAUCUUUCGAGCAUAAAAAGCUAGGUGAUGUGAGAUUGCGAACCACUAAAA